AUGGCAUCAUUCACGACACUGCGAGCCACAGCUACAGUUCAUCUUCUGGCUCUAGUUGCCAUAAGUAACUUGGUGAAGACAGAUUACAUCAACUUCUACAACAUCAGACCACCAGUGGAGGCCACACCGUUCCCCAAGAGUUUUAAAUGCUUCACUUGUGAUCAAGCACAUGAUAACUACAACUGCAACCGCUGGGCAGAGGACACUUGGUGCCCACAAAAUACUCAGUUCUGUAUGACAGUCCACCAUUUUACCAGUCAUGGUAAAACCAAGUCUGUAACUAAGAGAUGUGCUGCUCGUGAAGACUGCUACAUGGUGGGGUGCAGGCGCCACAGGGACACCAGUCACAUGGAGUGUGUCUCCUGCUGUGAGGGUAUGAUUUGUAACAUCGAGGUCCCUACCAACUACACCAAUGCAGUGUUUGCAAAGAGACAGACAGUGUACAGCUCAGCACCACCACAGAGGACUCGGGCAUUGUUGACUAUAGCAUCUCUUGGCCUGAGCAGAUUGUUUGCAGGUUGA